AUGAAUGACGAACAAGAUCCAACUACUAUAAAAGCGGAAACAAACUCAGACAAUGGGGUAGAAACAAAACCUAAACGAAAAAAAGUGGCUCGGGCAUGUACACAUUGUCAUAAAGCUCAUAUGACUUGUGAUUCAGGAAGGCCUUGUAAAAGAUGUGUUCAAAGAGGUUUAGAUCAAACAUGUGAAGAUGCACCAAGAAAGCGUAAGAAAUAUUUAGAUGAUGUACCAAAUUCAAGUUUAAGUAUUAAAAGAACAAAUAGCAAUCCACAAAAUGGAUAUGAAUUACAUCAAGUACAAUCAUUAGACUCAACGUUAGCCAAUCAUCAACAACACUACGGUAAUCAUUAUAAUUAUGCACCACCAUUACAACUGCGACAAUCUAAUGAGAGAAUCCAUCAACUACAGUCUGAUCAACAACAACAACCACAGCCGCAAAUUCUGAGAGGAUCAUCAUCAGGAAGUCAAAUACCAUAUCAGCAAAUACAACAACAACCACAAACUAUUCAGUCAAGUUUUCAAAAUCAAACUCAUGAAAUAUUACCAUCAAAUCAUAGAACAUAUCAAGCUACAAUGUUUCAACAUAGUGCAACUGCUCCUGAACUCAUGCAAGCAAAUUCUAAAUACUAUGUUCAGGAUAUUUUUAAUCAUCAUCAACUUCAACAAUCCCAGAAUCAAUAUCAACAACACCAACAACUAAGCCAGAAUCAACAUCAACAUCAACAACAGAGCCAGAACCAACAUCAACACCAACAACAACAACCACAUAACCAACAGCUGGAGCAGCAAUUACAACGACCACAUUUAAAUCCUACUUCACCAUCAUCAUAUAUUCAAAAUCAAAGGAAAACGAAAUUCUUAUCUACAGCUGCAGACUUGGAGUAUGCAACUUUAUCCAAUAUUUUACAAGAUAAUUUAGGUGGUCAUCAUACAACUUCAAAUGAAGGUACACCGAAUUCGCAACAUUUUUCUCCAAAUUUAUCACCACAUAAUAAUGUGCCAAACACUAUUAGUAAAGUUACUUCAAGAGAAACGGCUCCAGAUCAAUCUACACUUGAUAAGAACUCUGACAUUCCACCAAUUCCUUCAAUAGAUACUCGAACAAGCAUAUAUGAUGAUUCAAAAUAUCCAAAAUGUGACGAUUCAAUAAAUCAAUAUUUAUUAGGUAAAACAGAUUCAGAUAAUAUAGUAACUUUCCCAGAUAUAAUUACAGCACUCGAGGAAAUGAAAAAAAAUGAUUAUGCAGUAUAUCAAGAAAGAAACUCCAAACUGAAUUUAUCAUUCUCAAUUGGAAUACUGCAUGAAGAUAAUGGCUCCACUAUAGGAAAAGAUGAAUCAAUUUUCAAAGAACCUGAAGAGAUUUAUGCAAAAGUAAAAAAACCAUUUUCUUAUACACCAGGUUAUCAUUCAUUAAUUGCUUAUCUACGUAAAAGAUUUUCAAAACCAAUGUUGGUUAAAAUGGCAGAAUCAAUGGCUUCUUAUAGACCUUCAUUCAUUGCAUGUACUAAUUCCCUAAAGGAGCAUGAUUUAAUUUUUAUGGAACAAUGUUUUCAAAGAACUUUAUUAACUUAUGAUAAUUUUAUAAAGAUAAGUGGUACACCAACAAUAGUAUGGAGAAGAACAGGAGAAAUAGCUUAUGUUGGUGAUGAGUUUUGUAUUUUAACUGGCUGGAAUAAAGAUGAAUUAAUCGGGAAUGGUAAAAGGAAAUUUAUAGUGGAGCUAUUAGAUGAUAAAUCAGUUGUUGAAUAUUUUCAAGUGUUUUCAAGAAUAGCAUUUGGUGAUUUUUUAGGUGCUACAAUAACUGAAUGUACCUUAUUAACUCCCAAAACUGAUGUUAAAAUAAGAACAGGCUUUCUAAAAGCAACCAUUGAAUUACUCCCAAAAAUGGCUUCAUCAUCUUCACCACAUCAUCAUGCUAAAUUGACCCCGAAUCUAAUAGUUUCUGUAUCAAUAAUAUGUUUGGGAUCACUACAAUUUGGUUAUCAUAUGGCAGAAUUGAAUUCCCCAGAAUUAGUAUUAUCAUGUAGAAAGUCACAACCAGGUGCAAUACCUUAUGAACAAUCAUUUUUUGGUUCAAGAGGUUAUGAAAAAUGUAUAUCAAUGACACCUGAACAAAUUGGUUUGGUGACUUCUAUUUUUUCUAUUGGUGGAUUAAUUGGAUCAUUUUAUGUUGGAUAUUUAGCUGAUAAAUAUGGUAGAAAAUUUACUGGUUAUUUACAUUGUCUUAUGUAUAUUAUUGGAUCAAUGAUUAAUGGAUUGAGUAACACCUAUAUAAGUUUAUUGAUUGGAAGAUUUGUUUGUGGAUUAGGUGCCGGAUCAGCAUUAGUUAUAACAUCAUUGUAUAUUAAUGAAGUAUCACCUAUAAAUUCAAAGGGGUUAUUAGGAUCAAUGAAUCAAGUUAGUAUUAAUGUUGGUAUAUUAUUUACACAAUUGUUAUCUUUAAAAUGGUCAAAUGAUAACGAUUGGAGAUGGUUAUUAAUUAUGGGAGGCAUAAUAGCUAUGAUUAAUAUUGUGGUUUUAGCAUUACUUGUUCAUGAAAGUCCAAUGUGGUUAGCAAAUCAAGGUUCAAAAGAUCAAGCGUUUUUUGUUUUACAUAAAUUAAGAGGUGGUAAUUAUUCAUUUGUUUCUGAAGAAGUAAAUAGUUGGAAAACUACUAGUUCUGAAGAAACUGAAGGAUUUAUGGAGAAUGGUGAUUUAGGAGAAGUAAAUCCAGAAGAACUUGAACAACAAAAGAAAAACUCAGUAACUGUUAAAGAAUAUAUUACAUCACCUGAAUUUAGACCUUCAUUAAUUGCAUCCACUGGUAUUUUAAUAUUACAACAAUUUGAUGGUAUAAAUUCAAUUAUAUUUUAUGGAGUUUCAGUAUUAGUUUCAAUAUUCCCAAAUCAUUCAAUAAUCAUUAAUUGUUUGAUAUCUACAGUUAAUGUUAUAGUUACUUUUGGUUCAGCUACAGUAGUUGAUAAAUUAGGUAGGAAACCAUUAUUAUUAAUUUCAGUAUCAUUUUUAAGUUUAGCAACAACUUUCAUGGGUUUUGGAAUAAUUACAAAAAGUUCAAUAUUAUCAAUUUUAGGAACUUUUACAUUUAUAACAUUUUUCGCUAUAGGAUUAGGUCCAAUCCCAUUUUUGUUAGUAGGAGAAGUAACUCAACCAAAUGCAAAAGCUUCAGCUCAAAGUUUUGGUACUAGUUUAAAUUGGAUAGCUACUUUUAUUGUUGGUUAUUUGUUUCCUAUUUUGUUACAUUCAAUAGGUGGAUCUGUUUAUUUUAUUUUUACUGGAAUGUGUAUUUUCAGUGUUUGGUUUAUUUCAAAAUAUAUACCUGAAACAAAAGGUAAAACUUCAUAUGCUGAAGUAUGGAGUCAUUUUAAUUAG